AUGGAACGUUUCAAAAUAAGAAAUUUCUACUCAAAAUUCGUCGACCGUGUUCUUGUUAUAUCUACAAGCGCCGAGAAGAACCCAAGACCAAACGACACAUUUUUUCUUUACUGUGAAUUUUACGCAAAAACUUAUAUGAGCGAACAAGAAGAAAUCAUAGCAGAUCGUGAAUCGCGCAUAGCUGAUAUCGAACAUGAGCCUCAUGAUUUCCUUUCACCGAUCAGUGGCUAUGAGUCUAUGCCACUUGUUACGUUAGAAAUAGCGGCGGAUGAAUUGAUCGGCUUUAUUCCAAUGAUUAACAACUAUGUUUCGAUUGCCAAGCAGAGAUGUAAACACCCUCCGAAUGGCCUGACAAAUGACGAAGCUGCCGCCAUUAUACUUUAUUCUAUGGGAUGGAAACCACGUGACCAAUGCUUGUACUAUGUAUUAAACAGUACUCUGCGUUCAUCGAAUCGAGAACAGCUAAAACCAUGGUAUUUCUAUUUGCGUCUUUUUCUCAAUGGAUUAUUUCGAUUACAAAAUAUAUCCAAGACUGUUUACCGGUGUGUCAAUAAGGAUUUGAGUCAUAAGUAUCCUAUGGGCAAAAUAAUUGUCUGGUGGGGCUUUUCUUUAUGUACAACAGUGUUGAACACUUUCCAGUCAGAGCACUAUUUGAAUCCGUCUAGUCCAAGAACAUUAUUUAUCAUUGAAUCUCAUUCAGGAAAAGAUAUUCGUCAACAUUCAUUUUUUCCGUCAAUAGACGAAUUACUUCUUAUGGCUGGUACAUCAUUUCAAGUGAUCGAUUAUUUACAUCAAGAAAAUCUUCAUAUCAUUCACCUCAAAGAAAUCGACUCGAUCUAUCCAUUGUUACAACCUGUACAUAUACUUAGUAUUCCGGGAUCAACUAGUUUAUUCGCGUCGGACAAGAAUAUUCAAUUUUUAUCUGUCACUUCUCGGUCAGCUGAACCAAUGUCAACGCACUCCGAGAUGGAACUAAGAUCAAGAAAUCCAAUGCAGAACGUUAGAUCAUUUUCCUUGCAGCCAACAACUGUUCUAUCGGAAUCAGCAAUUCGAACAUCAUCAUCAUUGCAGUUUCGUAACCCAAGAUUAGAAAGAAUUAUUAGUGCAAAACCAAAUAAAUCCCAUCUAUCUCUAAGUUCCAUGGAACUUAUCGAUCAAGAUAUGGAAAUCGUAGCUUGUUGUUUAUCACGAGAUGAUACAAAACUUAUUUCGCUCAAUUUGGAAAACAAUCGAGCCGGAGGCAGCGGUACAAAAUAUUUGAGCAAUGCACUAAUACAAAAUAAAGUGCUCACUACACUCAACCUUAAAAACAAUCACAUUGAUAUUCAAGGAAUUGAACAAUUGAGUUAUGCUUUGCAACAGAACACCGCAUUAACAAUGCUUGAUCUUUCCCAAAAUCAAAUCGACGAUAAUGGCGUGCAAUGUUUAAGUUAUGCACUUAAACACAAUGCGACAUUAACAUUCCUGAGUUUAACAGAUAACGAUGUCGGAGUUCAAGGAGCACAAUGUCUAAGUGAGGCAUUACAACAGAAUACAGCUUUGGUCUCGCUUUCUCUCGAACGCAACCAUAUUGGUCAUGAAGGAGUGUCAUAUCUUGCUAAAGCUUUACUAAUCAACGCUACGCUGACAAUAUUAAAUCUAGAAAAUAAUCAGAUUACUAGUGAAGGAAUCGAACAGUUCAGUGAUGUUCUACGUCUCAAUACAGCUCUCUCCGAACUCUAUCUUGAUUGCAAUAAAGUCAAAAAUGAAGGUGCCAAAUAUCUCAGUGUUGUUCUAAGACAAAACAAGACGCUUGCCAUACUUAGCCUUGCAUCAAAUGACAUCAAGGAAACGGGUGCAUUGUAUCUUGGUGAAGCUUUACGAUUCAAUUCGAUACUUAAUGUACUCAAUCUUUCUUCGAAUCAGAUUGGAGAAAUUGGAGCGAAAUGCUUGAAGGAUGCUUUGAAGCGCAACCACGCACUUACUACAUUGAAUCUGGAAAAUAAUCAAAUUGGUAGUGGCGGAUAUGACACUUGGCAAAAUAAUCGAAAUCGCGCUACAUCGAAUUUGGAUUGCUCAAAAAUUCCGGAUGAAGGAAUUAAAUAUCUUAGCGAUGCAUUACAAUACAACAGAACACUUCAGACACUCAUAUUAACUUCGAAUGAAAUCGGAAAUACUGGUGUUGAACAUUUAAGUUAUGGGUUGCAACACAAUUCAUCGCUCACUACACUAGUUUUGGCUUUUAAUCGAAUACAACAUGAAGGAGCACAGUAUUUACGCGAUGCUUUACUGAAGAAUAAAACUCUUCGCGUACUUGAUCUUGGAUACAAUGAUAUUAACGAGCGAGGUAUACAAUAUCUUAAUGGUGCGUUACAACAAAACAAAACACUUACUAUGCUCAAUCUUUGCUGUAAUCACAUUGACGAUAAAGGUGUUCGAUAUCUCUGUGAUGCAUUGCGUAAUAAUAAGACUUUGACAAAUCUUAAUCUAGCAGGCAAUAAUAUUGGUGAAAAAGGCGUAAAACUAUUACGCGACGUCUUGCAAUACAAUUCCACACUCAUCACUCUCAAUCUCGAAAAUAAUCUAAUCGACAAUAAAACAGAACAGUAUCUGCUGGAAUUGAAGAAAAUAAACAAAAAAAUGAAUAUUUCUUGGUUAUCAAGUGAACUUAUUCAUUUCUCGAAAUAG